GUGGUGGUGGUAGUGGGUGGUAGUGGUUAUCGGAACGAAAAAGAUGAUUGGUGGAAAUCACAAUGGCAAGGUGAAUGCUGAUUGGCGGAAAUACAAGGUGACACUCUCUCCCCUUUCACUAACUCCUACCUCUUUCUCCAAGCAAGUUUCAACCCACCAUGCUACAUAUUGGGGGUACGAACCUCAUACCCGCCUAACAAAGUCAAACAAAUCACAAGACGCAAUGAAAUCAGGUGAACACAGCGAUUACUACAAACUUCUCGGCGUGAGCCGCGGCGCCACGCCCGAAGAAAUAAGGAAAGUGUACCGGCGCCUCGCCCUCCUGCACCACCCGGACAAGAACCCGGGCAGCGUGCGGGAGGCGACGGCCAAGUUCCAGCGUAUCCACGCCGCCGUGGAGACGCUCUGCGACCCCAGGAAGAGGGCCGCGUACGACAGAGAGUGCCGCCAGCACGAUAAUAAGAGGAAGAGGGACGAGAGCUGCAGGCAGAGGGAGCACAAGAGAAGGAAGGAAGAAGGGCGGCACGAGGAGAGGCAGGAUAAUGAACAAGGGAAGAGAAAGAGAUGGAAGCAAGAAGAAGAGAGGCGGAAGAGGUAUCAGAGAAGGCGACGACAAGCAAGAAACAACAGUUAUGACGAUGCCGAGGGAGAAAAUUUGCAAGAUGAUGUUCCUGAGGAAGAGACUAACGAGGAUAACGAAUGCACGGAAGAGAGUUCUGACGAAGAGGAGCAACGUGUGUAUGGGGCGUAUGAACACGACCCCGAUUAUAAGACUGAGACGGAUGAAGGCUCCGGUUCCUGCAGCGACUAUGAGUCCGAGGAAUCGUCCGAGCUGGAGACUCCGUCUGAGGAAGAAUUCGAGCCAGAGUCUUUCAACCAGCAAGACUCUGACUACGAGCCGGAGUCCGAGGCGACGAGUGACUCUUCCAGCGACGACGAAUCAGACGUGGAGGACGAGAGCGACGUUUCCGAAGACGACACCGACGAAGAGGAGGAGGAGGAGGAGGAGGAGGCCGAGACUGACUGUUCCUCUAAAUAUGAAGAAGAAAAUGGUGAAGAAGUGAGGCAUGAAGAGAGGCGAGACAAAAGAAAGAGAGAGGAGGCGGGGGAGGAGGAGGAGGAAGAGGAACAAGAAUUUGAACAGCGUGAAAAGAAAAUGAGAGAAGACAGAGAAGAAUCCGAAGAUGAAGAGAAUGGUGAAGAAGGGAGGCACGAUGAGAGGCAUGAGAAAAGGAAGAGACAGGAGGAGGAUGAAGAUUUUAGACAACGUGAAAAGAAAAUGAGAAGAGACGGAGACGAGUCCGACGACGAAGGGAAUGAGGAAGGGCGGCAAGAGAAGAGGCAUGGAAAAAGAAAGAGACAGGAGAAGGAUGAAGAAGAGCUUAGGCGAUGUAAAAAGAAAAUGAGAGGCGACAGAGAAGAGUCCAUAGAUGAAAAGAAUAAUGAAGAAUCCGAAGGUGACGAGAAGAAUGAAGAGUCGGAUGAAGAGUACGAGGACGAAGAAGAGGAGGAAGAAAAAUCCGAAGAGGAAGAGGGAGAAUUUGAAGACGAACCAGAGGAGGAAGAUUCCGAGGCCGAAGAGGAGGAAAAAUCCCAGAGCGAGAGUGGCUGGGAUGACGGGUCAGAGAAGGAGGCAGAGGAGGCGUCAGUUGUAGAAGAGAAGGCGAACACAAACAGCAACACGGAGGAAGAGGAAGACGACGGGCGGAAGAGGAAGCGGAAACAGAAGCUAAGCAGCGAGGGGAAGGGGCUGGAGCCAAUAAGAAAAGCAGGCGAGGCUGAACAAGAGACACAAGACCAAGAUGAAGAACUACGAGUAAGAGUCUCAGUCCAAGGCGACAAGUGACUCUCAAAGCGACAAUGAGUCAGACGUGGGGGUCGAGAGCCACGCCUCCCCCGAACACAAAGAGGCGAAGGAGGAAGAGGAGGCUGAGAGAGACAUUUGUUUAGAAGAUGAGGAGGAAAAGAAGGAAAAAGACAUAGUGACACAUCCUUAGAAGAAGAGGAGGAAAAAAAGGAUGCAGAGAGCGAAGAAGAGUAGGAUGAAAAGGAUGCAGAGACUGAAGGAGAGGAGGAAGAGAAGGACGCAGAGAGUGAGACAUCUCCCAAAAAGAGGAGGAAGAGAAAGAUGCAGAGAAUGAAGAGGAGGAGGAAGAGAAGGAAGAGAAGGAUCCAGAGAGUGAAGGGGAGGAAGAAAAGGAUGCAGAGAGAGAAAAAGAGAGAAGGAUGCAGAGAAUGAAGAGGAGAACGAAGAGAAGGAUGCAGAGAAUGAAGAGGAGGAAGAGAAGGUUGCAGAGAAUGAAGAGAACGCAGAAGAGAAGGAUGCAGAGAAAGAAGAGGAGAAGGAUGAGAAGGAUGCAGAGAAUGAAUAGGAAAAGGAAGAGAAGGAGGAAGAGAAUGAAGAAAAGGAGCAAGAGAAGGAUGCAGAGAAUGAAGAGGAGGAAGAAGAGAAGGAUGCAGAGAAUGAAAUGAGGAGGAAGAAAAGGAUGCAGAGAAUGAAGAGGAAGAAGAAGAGAAGGAUGCAGAGAAUGAAGAGGAGGAAGAAGAGAAGGAUGCAGAGAAUGAAGAAAAGGAGGAAGAGAAGGAUGCAGACUGAAGAAGAGGAGGAAGAGAAGGAUGCAGAGAAUGAAGAGGAGGAAGAAGAGAAGGUUGCAGAGAAUGAAGAGGAGGAAGAAGAGAAGGAUGCAGAGAAUGAAGAAGAGGAGGAUAAGAA